CUGCGGCCGCCAUAUUGGUUUCGGAUAGCUUGGCGCUUCUUCUUGUUCCGCAAACGCAAAAUUGUGAUUGAGAUCAAGGAAUGUAUAUUCUUAGUUGAGUUGUUAGCAGAGGAAAUAUAAUAUAUCGUGAUAAGUGUUAGUUUAACAAAUAAUAAUGGAUCCCGCCAAGAUGAAAGUCGUGGAUCUCCGAUCCGAGCUCGGCGCUCUUGGGUUGGAUACCAAAGGGAAUAAGCCGGCUUUAGUCGAAAGAUUAAAGAAGGCGCUAGAAGCUAAAAGCGGGAAAGCAAUUGCCGAUACAACAAUACUAGAUACAUCAACCGAGGAUGCCGAUGAGCCGUCCACCCCGAGGCGCGCUGGCCCGGCAGCUAGAACUCGGAGACGGUCCUCGUCAACCAGAGUGGCUUCUACCCCAGCUAAGGUAGCUCGAGUUGAGACUCCUGAACCCAUUGUCGAGGAACCCAAGGCCGAAGAACCUGAACCGGAACCUGAACCACAGCGUGAAUCGUCUCCAGAAUCAUCUCCGGAACCGGAGCCAGUACAACCUGCGCCCGUGCCCGUACCAGCGCCUGAACCUGAGCCGGAGACAGCGCCGGAGCCGGAGGCGAAGCACCAAGUUCAGGACUCGGAGAUGUACAGCAUCGAUGAUGAGAGGAGCCAGUCACCAGUGCCUCAGGUGAAAUCUGAUGAACCAAUGGAUCAGGAAGCGGAUGAGAAGCCAGCAGGAGACGCAGCACGGAAGGAAGAUCAGAAGAUGGAUGAAGAUGGAGAAAAGACAGAGGGUGGAGAUAAGAAGGCUGUUGACGGCGAAGAGAGUGAGGAGGCGCGAGAGAGACAGCGCGAGCUCACAGAGGAAGAAGAGUGGGAACAACUGAACGAGCGCCUGCAGCAGAAGGAGAAGGAACGUCUAGAGCGAGAGAAGAAGCAGGCAGAGGAGGACGCAAAGCGUCUCGAGGAGCUUAGCAAGGACCCAGUGAAACUGAACCGUCUGAAACGCAAGCAAGAGAAGAAAGCUCGCUGGAGCAACUUCUACAAGGCGGUCGAAGUCACCAAUGAAGUGCUUACGCCCCCUGUCGAGGAAUCUCGUCACAGGAAGAAAUCUGAGUCGAGCGAGGCCAAGGUCGUCGAACCCGAUCUUAAUGACAACAAAUUGACUUUGUCUUGGUACGAUAGCGACCUGAACCAAUACCUGGAGCUGCCUGACCUAGUUUCCGUGGUGCCGCUGUCCGACGGAGCCUUCGCGCACGCGUGGGCUGGUGCGCGCGGCAGCCACGGCGUCUCCGAAGGCCGGGUCUGCUUCGAGGUGCGGGUGGGUGACGCGGUGACAACCACAGAAACCACCGGUGAGAAGGAGGUGAUCUCCAACGGGCUCCGAGUCGGCUGGUCUACGGAUGACUCCUCACUGCAUCUUGGCGAGGGUGAGCUGAGUUUCGGCUACGAGAACACCGGGCGAGCUGUCAACAACGGAGAGUUUAAGGAGUACGGCAAGACCUUCUCCGAGAAAGACGUCCUCGGGGUUUAUUUGGACCUGGAAUCGAACCCGUGCAAGAUCUCCUACACGCUGAACGGCACGGAGCUGGGCGCAGCGCACGAGUUCGACCGCUCCGCGCUCGGCGGCCGCGCCCUGUUCCCGCACGUGCUCACCAAGAACAUCUGCUACCGGGUCAACUUCGGACACGACCAAUACAACAUGCUGACAAAGACGAAGAUAGUCCGCAAACGCCUUGAAAUACCCAUCGAGCAAGUUCUAGAAGAGAAGAGGAUCCGCGAAGAGGAGAUCCAGCGGCAGAAAGAGGAAGCUGCCAGGAAGGAGAAGGAACGUAAAGAAAAGGAGAAGAAAGAACGAGAGGAGCGACAGAGGCAGAGGAGAGAGGAGCGCGAGAGACAGGAACGCGAAAGGAAAGAGAAAGAAGCUCAAGAAAGGAAAGAAAAGGGAGAGGAGGAGAAACCAGCAGACAAGGAUGGGGAAGCGGGGGACAAGGAUGGAGAGGAGGAAAAGAAACAGGACGAGCCUAAGGAAAACGGCGAUAAACCGGAAGAAGGAGCGGAACUGAAACAGGAGCCUAUGGAGACCGAGGCGGCGCCCGUGGCGGUACCCGAGGCCGAGCCCGCCAAGGAGGAGACACCAGCUGAAGCCAGUAAGGAGGACGCUAAGGAAGACGUCAAAGAGGAACCGGCACCAGAAGGCCCAGUCCCAGAGGUGACUGAGGAGCAAGUACUGAAGGGUCUUACACUCGACAAGCGGAUUAAAUUCGUCACCAGGUUCACCGUGGAACAGGAGCUGGACGGGUCGGAGGCGAGCCUGCUGCCCGGCUACGUGUUCGUCGCGCACGCGCAGCUCGUGGACGGCCCGCGCCGGCCCGCCUCGAAGGCCGACUGCGAGGUGAUCCUGAUGGUGGGCAUGCCUGGUGCGGGCAAGACGCACUGGGUGCGUGCGCACGUGGCCGCGCACCCCGAGCGCCGCUACAACGUGCUCUCCACGCAGGAGCUCUUCCACCGCAUGCAGGUGGACUGCAAACCCUUCCGAGACACCUGCGAAGGCCGCUGGGACGCCAUGGUCUCCAAGGGCGCUAAAUGCGUGCUUAAGUUGUUGGAAUUCGCCCACGGGAGAAGGCGAAAUUACAUUUUGGAUCAGACGAACGUAUACCCGUCGGCUCAGAGGAGAAAACUACGGGAAUUCGACGGGUACCGGCGGGUGGCGGUCGUGGUCGUGCCCGACGCGGAAACGUUCGCCGAGCGGAGCGCGAAACGCGAGCAAUCCGACGGCAAGGAGGUCCCAGAUGGCGCCAUCAUGGACAUGAAAGCUAACUUCGCGCUGCCGGAGAAAUGCUCGUGGAUCGACGAGGUCAUCUACCCGGAGCUGAACGAAGAGGAAGCGAAGAAGAUUCUCGAAGGGUUCCAUAAAGAAGCGAAGGCGGCGGGAGUGGUGAAGGAGCGUGAGAAGAGGGACCGCUCGUCGGGCCGCGACGCGCAGCCGCAGAAGAGGCCGCGCUCCGGCGACCGCAGGCACGGCCGCGACGAUCGCAGGAAGGACUUCAGUCGAGACCGCGAGGACAGAUGGGGUGGCGGCGGCGGCGGCAACAGCCGCUGGGGGCCGUCCAACCGCGGCGGCGGCGGCCGCUGGGGGGGACCUAGGGACCGGCCCGGCCCGCCGCAAGGACGCUUUGACAGGCCCUGGGGAGGACGCGACAACGGCGGGCCACCGUUCAACCGCGACCGCGACGGCUUCCGCGGCGGGCGCGGAGGUCCCGGCGGCCCCGGCGGCCCCGGCGCGCGCGGCGAGCGCGGCCCGCGCCAGGAGCCGCGCUUCGGCGCGCGCCCCGACGCCCGCGGGGGGCGGCCCGUGGACAACAAGCGCCCGCCCGGCCCGCCCGGGCCCGGCCCGCAAGGUGGCGGCGGCGGCGGCGCGGGGUCGUGGCAGCGCGGCGGGCAGGCGGGCGGGCGCGGCGGGCACAUGGGCCGCAACAGCGCGCCCGGCGGCCAGAUGCAGCGCGCAGGGCCACAGGGCAAGGACGGACAACAAGGACAGCAGGCAGGCAACCAGCAGCAGGGAUGGAACCAGUGGGCCAACCAGCAGGGUUGGGGCAACUGGGGUAACUGGAACCAACAGAACCAAGCCGCAUGGGGCAACUGGCAACAGAACUGGAACAACUGGAACCAGCAGGCGGGGCAGCAGGCGGGCGCCGGCGCGGCCAAGGGGCAGGCCGCGGGCGCGGGGCAGCAGGCCACGCAGCAGCAGUGGCAGCAGUGGUACCAGUGGCAGCAGUGGCAGCAGCAGCAGGGCUGGCCUGGGUACCAGCAAGGGCAGCAGCAGGCGGGACAGGCCGGGCAGGACCAGCAGGCGCAGUGGGCGCAGUACUAUCAGAAUUACGGUGCUAACGCGGCGGGCAACGCGGUCGCCGACAAGAAGUGACGCGCCGAGCGGCGCUAGUGCCGCCCGCCCGAGCCCUAUACUUCACACAUCUAACGCCAAUGUGGACACCAGGACACCAUUACACGAACAUUUACCCUUGAUACAUAAACAUAAUAGUCUGUUCCAUUACCACAUUAGAAUGUAAACAAAUCAAACCAUGUUAGUCAGUCAUUCCGUCAAUGAGAUACAAUUUUCUGUAUCUGCAGAGUUAUAUCAUUGACUGAGCUACUUUGUUUUAAGGUUCUAAUGGAAUAGAGUAUGGCCGUCCGACACGUCCACGAUGCCUAGAGUCUGUCCAAGUUAACUCUGCAUUUACUUUGACAAAAUAAAGUGCGAAAGUGCCGUUAUAUUUUCAUAGAUUUGACGUUUGAUCUUACUUCUAAACUUUCACACUUUGUCAUUGUCGAGUGUGCAGAGUUAGCUCGGUCCGACUAAUGUCUAUUUUUUUAUUCGGUAGACUAAAAUGACAUUUCCUAGUAUGAACAUAAAAUAUCAUUUCAUAGUAUGAAAUUAAAUGUCAUUUUAGUCUACCGAAUAAAAAAAUAGACAUUAUAUGUUCUGAUUUAUGUAUGAUCAUUGAUAUUAAGUUCUUGUAGUGACUCGUUUUUGUAAAAUUUAUGGGAACGUGAAGUAGUAAAAGUGUUCUAGUGGUGUAAUAACUGUAAUAUGAAACAAAGUCACACAUGCACUGAUAUUUUCCUUAGGGUAUUUUUAGUGAAACAAUGAUUAGGAACUGUAUGUUCGUUGGUAUAUAGAACAUGUCAGAAAAAGUUUCGUAUUAAAUAUCAACAAGAUGUAGAAAAUAUGGAAAUGUGGUAUGGGUAAAGCAAAAAUAGGUGUUUAAGGCACUACACUAUAUGACGUCAAAUAACGUCUCAAGUUUGUACUUUCAGCAGCAAAAGUUGCUAAGCGAGCGAGGUGUUCAAAAUUACCUUGACAGGCUCUUAUUCUCUUAAGCAUAAAGUUACGUUAAGAUCAUUUUAAACGCCUGGCCCGCUUAGCAACUUCUGCUGGUUGUAUUUACUAUAUUUGAUAGGAUAAAACUUCAUUAGUAUCUGUUUAGAUAGGAACUGAAAACAAUUCAUUGUUCUUAAAAACAAUAGAAAUAGUAUUUUUAUAGACAAUCGUAUGCAAUACGGAAGUAUGUAUUAUUUAGAUCUUACCGUGAAAGCACUUUAGGGAACACAUGUUUUUGUUAUAGCCGCCAAAGGAAAAUAAAAUAAUUAGUUAUCAAAUCAAGUUAACAUUUGUGCAAACUUUGCAAUUUGAUGUACACCACACGGGAUUGUUAUGCCUUUUAGGGUUCUUGUUAUUGGAAUUUCUAUAGCUUAAAUAUUGAUUAACGAAUUUGGCUAGGACCCUAAAUGGCGCAACAAUCGCAGAGCGUGAUGGUAUUUGGGAUCAUCCAUUAAUUACGUCACACGAAUUUCUAGGUUUUUUGACCCCUCAAGGAGGGGGCUCCUUGUCACACUUGGUCACAUUUUGCAAAUCCCUCCCCACCUGGUGUGACGUCACAUUUUGUUUUCAACGAAAUCGGCAAUACUAACUCUGCAUUAUUUUUUUAAUUAAAAAAUAUUUUUGGUAUAAGAAAUAUUAGUAAUUUUAUAACACAAAACCAAUUAGGAACGAAAAUUAUCUAGUUCCAAAACCUCAUUAUUUAAAUGCACAGUGAAUAAAAAAAUAUAAAUUAAUUUUCGGUUACUGAUGAAUAGUGAUACUGAUGAAGUUAAAAUGGCGUCACAAUGUUUGUGACUCCCCCCUCCCCCAUGUCACAACAUGGCACAUUUUCUUGACCCCCUACCAACCCCUAAAAGUGUGACGUAAUUAAUGGAUGACCCCUUUUUUAUAACAUAAUGACAAACAUUUUAGCCUCCUAAGGCCCAAGGUCCCACCUAUAGCGCCUCAUCAGUUCGAUGAAAUUUAAAUCCUAUUCAAUUGGAGCAAGGUCGCUUUUGCUUUUUAGUUAAAUUUUCCAACAACGCAAAAUCAACUCUUAUUUCCUACACUAUAGGUUCAAAUUUAAAUGGCUAAUUUUGUAUUUUUCUUUUGUACGGCUGCUUAGGAGGUUAAAUCGCUAUGCAUUUGACGUGUUGCGCCAAAGUGCUGCCGUAUGUCGCACCGUUUGACCAUAAGUUUGUAUUUACUCGUAAAUUUGCAAUGUAUAAUUAAGUAAGGCAAUUUGACUAGUUGCGAUAAGUAACAUCGUAUGAAUGUGUGCGUGAUUGUGUGUGUGUUCAAGCUUUGAGUUUUGGUGUACAAACGAUUUUAGUCUUAAGUGCUGUGGGUUUAGUUACUUUAGUUGGAUGUCAUCAUACUGAUGUAAAUGAUUUUAACAAUAAAUAUUUUAAUAAGG